ACCAGAGACCGAGAAACAGCUAAACAUAGAGAGGAGGUGGGAGGAGGAAGGAGUAGAGAAGUGGUUUCCCCUAGUGGGGCAGGGCCAAGAAAGAAGACACAUUUACCGGUACUAACAUCCUCCCUACAUCUCACUUCUGGGUAACCCAUAUUAUUGUGCAUCUUAAUUUCAGUACCCCCCAACCCAACUUCUAUUCUGGACUCCUCCAGAAGAAGGUCAUCCUCCUAUUCUGCCAAUUUAGGAAGCAGUCGAAAAGAUGUUGAAAAACGGGGGCCCCUUAAGCCCCAAGGACUUUGCUCAAUUACAGGAAUAUAUGGAAUAUUCAACCAAGAAAGUCAGUGAUGUCCUAGCUCUGUUCAAUGAAGAUGGAGAAUUGGCUCAGUAUCUCCAGGGAGAUUCCAUAGGAUAUGAAGGGUUUCAGCUCUUCCUGAAAGCCUACCUGGAGGUGAAUAAUGUUCCUCCACAACUGAGCCAAGCACUUUUUGGGUCCUUCCAGACUAUAGAGUCUCAAAAACAAGGUGAUGAACAAGAAGUAGCCUUGAUCUGUCUCAGUGAUGUCUCCUGCUAUUUCUCCUUACUGGAAGGUGGACGGCCUGAAGACAAGCUAGAAUUUACCUUCAAGCUAUAUGAUACAGACAGAAAUGGACUUUUGGACAGCUCGGAAGUGGACAGAAUUAUCACCCAAAUGAUGCGUGUGGCAAGAUAUCUGGACUGGGAUGUAACUGAGCUGAGACCAAUUUUGCAGGAGAUGAUGAAAGAGAUUGACUAUGAUGGCAGUGGUACAGUCUCUCUGGCUGAGUGGGUACGAGGUGGAUCUACCACUGUGCCUCUGCUGGUGCUGUUGGGACUAGAGGUGAGCUUGAAGGAUGAUGGGCAGCACAUGUGGCGACUGAAGCAAUUUUCCCGUCCAGCUUAUUGUAAUGUAUGUGAGACAAUGCUGCUCGGGAUAACCAAGCGGGGACUCUCUUGUACCUUUUGUAAAUUCACAGUACAUGAGCGCUGUGCCAAGAAGGCUUCUCCCUGUGAAGUCAGCACCUAUGCCAAGUCCAAGAAAGACACUGGUGCCCAGACCCAUGUGUGGGUUCGUGGAGGCUGUGACUCUGGACGCUGUGACUGUUGCCAAAAGAAGAUAAGGAAUUUCCAAAGCCUGACAGGACUGCAUUGUGUGUGGUGCCAUUUCCAGAUCCAUGAGGAUUGUCUCUCUACCAUGAGCCCUGAAUGUGACUGUGGGAUGCUCCGUGACCACAUCCUGCCUCCCUCAGCCAUCUAUCCUUGUAUCCUGGACCGCCAGAACUUGAGCUCCAGGAAUGUGGAUGAAUUACAACAUUUGGUCCCUGAUGGGCAGGCCCUGCGGAUUAUUCCAGUCCCCAACACCCACCCACUCCUCGUCUUUGUAAACCCCAAAAGUGGUGGGAAGCAGGGGGAAAGGGUCCUUCGAAAGUUCCAGUACCUGCUGAAUCCACGACAGGUUUACAACCUUGCAAAGGGGGGUCCCGAACCAGGGCUCAAGUUCUUCAAGGACCUCCCAGAUUUCCGGGUAUUGGUAUGUGGAGGAGACGGCACAGUAGGCUGGAUCCUAGAUGCCAUUGACAAGGCCAGCUUCUCUAACCCACCACCAGUAGCUGUGCUUCCCCUAGGCACAGGGAACGACCUAGCUCGAUGCCUAAGAUGGGGAGGAGGUUAUGAUGGGGAGAACUUAUCGAAGAUACUCAAGGACUUAGAGUUAAGUGAAACAGUAUAUAUGGAUCGAUGGUCUGUGGAGGUGAUUCCUCUGGACCCCCAAGAAAAGAGUGAUCCAGUUCCCUACAACAUCAUCAACAAUUACUUCUCCAUUGGUGUGGAUGCCUCUAUUGCUCACCGAUUUCAUAUCAUGAGGGAGAAACAUCCUGAGAAGUUCAACAGCAGGAUGAAGAACAAGCUGUGGUACUUGGAGUUCGCCACAUCUGAGUCCAUCUUCUCCACAUGCAAAAAGCUGGAAGAGUCUGUUUCAGUGGAGAUCUGUGGGACACCUUUGACACUGAGUGACCUAUCCUUGGAGGGCAUUGCAGUCCUAAAUAUUCCCAGCAUGCAUGGAGGCUCCAACCUCUGGGGAGACAAAAAGCGACCCUCCAAAGAUGCUCAGGGUUUAGAUUUUGCUUCUGUGCCUCCUGAAGCAAUCACCAACCCUGAAGCCCUGAAAACCUGUGUACAAGAUCUGAGUGACAAACGACUGGAGGUGGUAGGACUAGAAGGAGCAAUUGAAAUGGGUCAGAUAUAUACCAGGCUGAAGAAUGCCGGACACCGGAUUGCUAAAUGCUCCCAAAUUACUUUUCGGACUAAAAAAGCCCUACCCAUGCAGAUCGACGGGGAACCCUGGAUGCAGGCACCAUGUACUAUCCAGAUCACGCACAAGAAUCAAAUGCCUAUGCUUAUGGGCCCCCCACCACGCUCCUCCAACUUCUUCAACCUUUGGUCCUGAGGGAAGGGCUCUUCAGCCCCUCUUCUUCAUUUCCCUAGGCUUUCCUCUACAUCUAUGCUACCCACCCCCUGCUCCUCCCUUGGUGAGCUUGGGUGGGCUCCUUCCCCUCACAAAUAUUUAUUGUCCCACUCUGCUUCCCUUCCUGCUCAACAUAACACAUUGAAAGUGCCUCAUCUGAAUAAAAUCGUUUGGUUUUUCACUAAACAA